UUUCAACAGACUCCUCUCACUUCCCUCUCCUGUAUCGCCGACAUGUGAUCCAACCCUUCAUCUCCCUCCUUCCUCUCUCUCUCCUUUUUUUUUCUCUCUCCCUUUCCUGUUCACGCCGGUGAGGCAAACGCAGCACCCAUGGCUCCGGACAAGACGCCGCUGCCCAACGUGGCUGAGGACUACGCCUUCACCCUCGCCAACAGCAUCUCCUCUCCAUCUACCUCUGCUGCUGAGCCCGCCACGCUCACGGAGGGCUACCAGCCGGCCCGAUCGGAGAAGGGGGAGGGCAGUUCUCGGUUCUUCUAGCCCAAGAUCGAGCAGCAGCGGCAGUCGCAAGUCCCUGCUGGACUGGGCGCUGGAGAGCCUCUUCACGGCUGACCCUGACAAGUACGUCCGCCUGGGGGACCUCAUCGCGUCGCAGUGGCUAUGCGGCGACAUCCCGCUCCCCUACGACCCAUCCUGUCACAUGCGCCCGCCGCCGGACCGUCCCACCCAAAACGCCGCGGUGCGGCUGCUCCUGCUGUCGCGGACGCCGAAGCUGGGCAAGGGAGGUAGCGCGCAAAGCCGUCUGGCGAUGCUGCACUCGCUGGCGCACACCGAGAGCUGGGCGGUCGACCUCUCCUGGGACAUCGUGGCCCGUUUCGGCGCUCGGAUGCAGAUACCCCGCGAGUUCUUCGACGACUUCGUGCGCGUCGCGCAGGACGAGGGUUGGCACUGCAUUGUGCUCUCAGCGUGGCUGCGGGAGCUGGGCUCGCACUAUGGCGAUCGCGGAAGUCGUCGGGGGAGGCGGAUUAGGAGUUUGGUUGGUUCUCUAUUUUUAGUUAGGAUGGAGGGGAUAUUGAGAACCUCUAAAUAUAGAAAAUUAUAUAAGAUACUUGUUGGAGAGGAUUUUUGA